CGGUGGGAGCGGCGAUGCGGCUGCUCGGCGCCUUCCUGCGGUUGCUGGUGGCCGGGACGCUGGGGGCACCGCCCGCCCCGGCCCCGGAGGAGCGGGGGACCACCAGCACAGAGUCGCCCGUCCUGACCUUUCGGGAGAUCUGGAAUCGUAGUUUCUGCCGGCCUCUGGAGCAGCUGGUGGACGUCAUUACCGAAUUCCCCAACGAGGUGGAGUACAUUUUCAGACCCUCCUGCGUGUCCCUGCAGCGCUGUGGAGGCUGUUGUGGGGACGAGGGUCUCCGCUGCGUCCCCGUGGAGACAAGCACGGUCACCAUGCAGCUCCUGAAGAUAAAGCCAAACGGGGAGGCACCCUAUGUGGAGAUGGCGUUCACCGAGCACAAGCAGUGCGAGUGCAGGCCCCGGCAGGACUUGAUGAGAUUGGGAAGGAGGCGGUCCAAGGGCCGAGGUAAGAGAAGACAAGACAAGAAGGGACGGAAAGACUGUGAAGUAUGUGGCACACCACGCAGGUAGCCUCUGCCCUGCCCCCAGCCUCGCUCCUGCCACCUAGGUUUGAGCCAGCUGCCCUUAUUCCCAGCAUGGGGGAACUGUGGAGUCACAUCCCUCCAAGCUGCGCGAGGAGCAGGACUCCAGCACGGAAGAGCUGACUGUACUCUUGGUUGGCCCUGGUGGGAACACAGCCUGGAACCGAGGAUUCCCUUGCCCUAUCUGCCCCAUUGGCAGCAAGAGAAAAGGACUCAUGACCAAGCCUGGGGAUGAAGAUGAGGAGCUCAAGCAGUAUGUUGGUGUUUGAGGACAUUCUAGGGGCAAUGAGGAGCUGGUGGAUGUGCUGCUGGAACUGGCUGGGGAGGACAGCAUGAUGUGGGAGUGAGUGGAGAUAGUUCACAGGGCUGCACCUGCAAAACUUCUCUGUCUGGCCAAUGCUCUGCAGCUGGGGAGGAAGGAAAUCUGGGGCAGGCAAGGCUGUAGGGCUGCAUCCGUCCCAGCUUUGGCACGGGACAUCCCAGACAGAUGCCAGGAAUCUUGCCUGGGAAGCUGUUCUGCUUGGGAACAGAAGGGAACUGGGGUCCUCAUGUAUUCACAGCUACAUCCCAGCUUUGCCCUGUUCAAUAAAAGCUGGUCAGACAUGGGAGCUGGCAGCUCCUGUCUGCCUUCCAGCAACUGCAGGCAGGGAACUUCCCCAUGGGCACUCACUCAGGCUGGAGGAGGGCAGUGACCCAGGGUUUGUCCCCAUCACCAAUCCUGCAGCACCAGGGGACUGCCCUUGGUGUGAUGCUGGAGAUGGGCAAUGAGCAGGUUGUUCCCCGGGUUGGGGGCUAUCCAUGUGCUGGAGUUCAGUUGGGUACUGGCACUGGGAGACCUUGGGGGAGCUGCCCUUCCCCUCCACACCACAGUGUGGGACUGGUACCUCUCCCUAUCACCAUGCCCAUCCUGUUCUCGCCCCAGUCCAAAUGUCUGGCUUAGUGUCCUGUCCUCUCCAGCAGAGCUGAUGCAAAGUUUAGGGCACUGGGAGGCAAACUGCCCCACUCAGAAAAUACCCCACCAAGGGUCAAUUACCUGACACGGGGACAGGCUGGCCUGCGGCCCCCUUUCCUUAUUGGGAGUACCCUCAGGGUAUAAGGAGCUGGUGGCCCUCAUUGAGGUGGCUGUGGGGACUGUUUGCUGCUUUCCCCACUCAGCCAGCUCUCUGCCCAGGUCCAGGGGGAAGCCACAGCCCCUGGUUUUCCAUGCUUUAAGCAGUACUCCUGAGAAUCUUCCUGUCCCCAGUCUCAUCCCUACUGCAGGGGAUCAUGGGCUGUCUGCCAAAUGCAUCCCAUGCUGAUCUGUGCAAGCCAUAUCCUGGAGCAGUGCAUACAGCUGGAAACCCUAGAGAUGAGUUGGGCACCCACAUAUUUGUGGGGCACUCCUGGUACUGGGUUAAAACAAAAUCAAGGGUCAUUUUUGAAAGCUUCAAACAAAAGACUGGAGGGCAAGAUCUGCAAAGGCUUCAAGGUUACCCUUAAAUGAUGGGACCUGUGGUUCAUCCUCCUCUGAGGAACAAGGGUGGAGCCUAACAUAGCAAGAAUUGGGGUCCAAGGUGGCUCCUUCCCACAUCUGACAGGGCUGCCUCUCUAAGCCAUAAUGCUGGUGUUGCCUGAGGCUGGCACAAGGACAUGGAGACAGGGCAGAUCCCUGUGAGGGAAAGCUGGAGGUGGGUGUUAAGGUGAUGUGAAUCUCCAUACUUCCACCAUGUAGCAGGGAAUGGACUGUAUGAGCUGUAACUGUGCAGCUGGGCAUAUCCUUCAGGAGCUUGCUGGAUCCCUUUUGGAUCCCAUUUCUAAGCAUCCCCAGUAUCCUGGAGCACAGCCUACAUGGGCUUUGCCUCACAAAUAGCCCACGAAGUUCCUCCUUCACUACCUCAUGGAUGAGGGGAACUUGCUGCUCCCCUUCCCAUAUCACUCAGAGCCUAUGUGGACUGUGUGGUGGCCUGGUCCACACAGGCUUUCUCAUCACUGUGUGUCAUUUCUGCCUGGCUGGUUUUGCUCUGAGGCCAAGGAGAACCAUGUGCAGCACUUGAGAAUAUAUGUGAUGGUUUCUGUAUUGUUUUUAGUACUCCCAUAGUAUUAAACAUUUAAAAAAGGAAGUUACAUAAAUCCAAGUAUAUUAAUUAAUAAAAAUAAGUUUAUCAAGACUGAUAAUAGGAUUAAAACAAAUUCAAACAUGCUAACACGCAGUGGCCUUUCCAAACAGUUCCUGGUGUCUGGUGUCACCUCCUUGGCUGCUGCCUGGAGAUAUUCCAGGCAGCUCUGGUGGGGCCAGGCACUGCCUUGCACAGACCCCUGUGUAGCUUCUCUCCCUCCAUCACCUGAGCUGCCUGGGUGCUAUGUGUGGCCUUGUCCCCUGCUCCUCCCAUGGCACGGGGUGUUGGACAGCAAGAAUGUGGGUGCUGGGAGGAAUGUGGCUGGUGCAUUGCAGCUGUGAUGGGCCGGAGCAGGGGGAAACAUCACUUACACAAGAGAUUUGGGAAUUGCAUCUCCAGCUGUCAGGGCUCCCUCCAGCUCCUUGGAGGUAACAGGAACCCAAUGAGCCCUAGCUCAUGAAGUUCCUGUGACUGCUGCAGGCAUCACACUCCCAGGGAAAUGCUAGCUCCUUUCCUUAUCCCUGCCAGAGCUGGGAGUCCUAAGACCCUCAUGCCAGGGUGGCAGCGACUUCCAGCAGGACAUCACACCUGGAGACAGGAGGAUCAGGGUGGGAGACUGCUGCUCUGAGGGGGAGACAGGGGCUCCUGGCUCCAGGGCUUGUGUCCAAUACCUGUGUUAUCUCUCCAGGGGACCAACCACAGUCUGCCUGUCCCUCCUCCGUGUGGUCCUGGCUGUAGCAUUUUUAUACCACUAGCUCCUGGCAGCCGUCCUUGGCCACAGCAGAUGUGUGAGCACUCUGACAAAGUCAGCUACAUCUACAGAGCCCCAUGUCCCCCAGGCACUGCAGUGCAGGACUGUAGGGGGAGACUGGUGCCCUUGUAAAGGGACCGUGACAUACCCCAGCCCAAAGCCAGCAGCAUCCACCACGGACAGGCAGAAACACGUUCUAGCCCCAGUGCUCCCAAAUCCCUCAUCCUUUCCCUGCCUGUGUACCCCUUGCAGACAGGCAGCUGUCCCACAGGAGCAACACAGCACUGGGUUAUCAACGUCCCUGGGCUCCCUGUAUCUUCCAGCCUUACAGGGCAAAGGUUUGUUUAAUAAGGCUUUAGGAACCAGAGCUGCAGUAAGAUGAUUUAGGAGGAUAGUUAUAGGAAGACAAAACAUAAAGCGGCCUUAUGCACCAGGAACAAAAUUUUAUGGUUUUUUUGGGAAGCAACUGUAAAGGUGAUGUGGGCUCAGAGAUGUAGCAUCAUAGUGGAUGAAGCCCUGAUGUUAAAACUUCACUGGUUAUCUCUGGUCUCCCUGAGCACAGGAUGCCAUCAGAGUGCUGCCACUCAGCAGCGUAUCCCAGCCAUGUCUGUGCAGGUGUCCCACAAGUCUCCGUGCAAAUAAAGAAACACUGGUCCUAACUUCUUGGUUGUGACUUACAAGUCUUUUGCAGCCCCACAUAGUUUGGCAUAAUCCUGCCUGUUGAAGCCAGUGGUGUUUGCAGUCUCAGCAUAUUUUAAGCUUUUGCCAGCUCUCAUGUGUCAGUUUUAGCCUGUGAGAAAAAAAGGCAGUUGUCACUCCUCUCCCUGUUAUUUGUCUGUGCUGGUUUUGUUUUGGCAGUUCCCACUUUGCAUUAAGGACCACAAGCUCUUUAACAGGCUAAUCUAAAAGUAAUCCCCCAAAUUUAAUGUCCUCUGUCCAGCACUGACAAGCAAACCUAGAAGCCCAGAGGUAAAGGCAGUUGUGCCUCAGGGCUGGUACAAUCUUCUUCCCUUGUAAGGCCUUUCCUCACAGGAACACUCUUGAUGCACUUCCUGCUGAUGCCUGUGGCUCACUCCUUCUGGCCGCUUCAGAGGUGUUUGAUGAAGAAAUUAACCAAGUUUUGUACCCUCCUGGCAAUUCCUCUUCACACACCUCCCUGCCACCAUCACCUCAAUAUCCAAACCACUAUACAUAUACAUUGUGCUGAAUUUUGUGGUUUUCCUGUGCUCUCUGUCCUCUCCAGGCCCGCAUAGAUCUGCUGAAGCCAGGCAGGUGAGUUGUGCCAGCAGCAUCUCUGCUCUUAUCCCUGACUCUCCUUCACUUCUUGCCUGCUCAGACUUUUCGCUUCAAAGAGGAGCCUCCAGUCUCUGGAGGGAAUUAAAAGACCCCAGAGACUGUGGGGUAUAAAUAGGCUGGGCAGAAAGAAAUGGUGUCUGUUAGGCAGAGGUUGGAAAAGGAACCUGGAAGCAUUUUGAGGAGAAACCAAAGAACCAAGCACACUGAUCGUGUUUGGGCAAUGAGUUGUCUUACAAAGCAGAUGGCUUUGCGUCCUCCUAGACCUGCCCUCUAAGGCACAGUUAAUACUUUCAUACUCCCAAAGAAAUGGUCUUUGUAAGAAAGACAAUGUUUGUUUGCUGGAUGCUGAACUGAGCUGUAGGCAGAUGUUUACUGUCCUGUUCUGUUCUUAACAGGCUGGGCUGGAGAAAAGACCUGCCCAGGGGACCUGAGCCCAGGGAGAUCCCCUACAAGUGAGUUAUGAAGUAACCACAGGUCAGCCACCAUUGGGUGCCCCCUCUGCCAGUCCCACAGCAAGUACCAGGUCCAGCAGGGGCUGAACACAGUGACUGACCAGGCUGGCGUGGCUGUGAUGGCACAGCACAGGGCCAGCUCCUGGCAAAAUGAAAACCCCCAUCUUAGGAUCAUUUCGUGUUUCAAUGGGACUUGUGCAUAGGUUAGUAAGGGAUGGGCAAAGAUGCAGGGGCCUCCCUCUUCCCAAACAGUCUUAGCACAGUUUUUCUAAGGGUAUCCCUCAGAUUUCAUUCCAGCUCUCCUCCCUUUGCAGGUAAGGGAGUUAUUACCUCCAGUUAUUUAUCCAGGACCUUUUAUGGGACCAACCAUCCCACAGACAUAGCAACCAGUUGGUAGUAAUCACUUGAACACUCCUGGUUCAGCAAAUCUUCACUAAUAACUGCAGUGAUCCAGCAGAUCCUGUAAGGCCUCCUGGCCUUCCAAGAAAAAGCUAGGCCAGGAGGGCAGGAAUACAUGUUUAUAGGAUAAACCAAAGAUUGAUAUUUUCCACAUACAAAGCAUUUAUUAACCACCAACUGGGAUCUCGAUUAUGCUGUCACUUUGCUGCACCUUAAUGCAUUUGUGCUGAUGUUCCCUGUGCUUUACAUUUGGAAUAAGUCUGUAAAACCCAAUGAGUCUGCAAGAGCUGGUAGAAGGGCUGGUUGAGAGCCCAGUGUCAGGGCCAAAGGCACACAGCUGAAAGAGGAAAUCGGGAAGAGCCAGGGGUACCCUGGGCUGGCCAUGAUGAAGGAAGACACCCACCACCUUAACUAUGGCUGGAAUGGGUGCACCUGUCGGGCAGACGGCAGAGAGACAAAGGCUAAUCAAAACACAGCUAAUUACGCGUCAUGGGAGGAAGGAAACGCGGCGGCAAAGGCAUCAUUUAAUGAACGGGAGCUUAGUUAAUUAAGGGCAAUUAAUGGUGAAUAAGGAUGACAACAAAGCAAGUGGAGCGACGGCGUUCACCGCGCGUUAACGGAGAGGGAGCGCCUGCCUCGAGCGGGGGCGGGAGCCCGGUGGGGGGACCCGGGCACGGAUCCCGCAGGGGGCGAUGAUGAUGGUGAUGAUGAUG